GUGGUCACUCCAAGUGGUAGUGUAACUGCUCGACAGUUGUCAAGAGCGCAUUGUAUAGAUAAUACUGAUGAGGUUCACCGGAUACGCGCGGCUCACCCGACAUCAGAAACCCACGUUCUCCGCGGUGGAAGGCUGUUAGGCGAACUAUACCCAUUGCGAGCAUUUGGUGAUGUCCGGUUCAAGUGGCCCUUAGAUUUACAAAAGGUUGUUUUGGAACCGUUAGGUAGUCCAGCUCCUCCCAAUCUUCACACUCCUCCUUACCUCACGGUAUCACCAGAGGUACUCUACCAUAAACUAACGCCUAACGAUAAGUUUUUGGUGUUAGCGUCGGACGGCUUGUGGGAAUGGCUCGAUCCGGACACUGUUGUACGACUCGUAUAUGACCAUACAGUCGGAACGAUGACGUUGCUUCCAUAUCAACCGAAAAGUGGCUCGUCACUUAAGCAGGUGCUCCUGGAUCUUCAAGAGCGGAAGUUAGGCGAAAAAAGCCAUAAGAAGCCCAUAGACGAGAACUUGUGCGACGC